AAAUAAAAGAUGAAGGAUUCUUUAUCCGCUCACUUGUUAGAAAGAAAAGAUCUCAAUAUUAUAGUAUACUUGCAUGACUUCAUAAACAAUCUUUCAAACGUUUAGCGAAUAAAAUGCCACAACGUGUUUUAAUCACUCUGAUUCAUCAAUACAAGCACAGCGCUGGUCAUUAGGAAUACAGUUUACUUCUGACACUUGUCCAGGGCUGAUCAAAAGAUAUAACGUAAGGAGAAUAUGAUUAUGUCUCGUUCACUGAUCUGUGCUGUUAUAUUUGUUUGUUUUUCGACUGCAUACGGGCAUACCCAGCAUGAUCCACCAGUUCCAGCACCGGUUGAUAUGUUAUCAGGUCAUCAACACUUCAGCGACAGCGGAGACCACGAUGCGUCCUUCGACCAUGAUAUGUUCCUUGGAAGAGACGAAGCUAAAAAGUUUGAAAAUGUUGAUCCUAAAAUUGCGAAGAUCAAAUUGAGGGAAAUUGCUAAGAAAAUAGACGUCAAUCAGGAUGGUAAAAUUAAUGCGCAAGAAAUGGAAAAUUGGAUUGGAGGAAACAUGAAAAGAUAUACCCUGAAGAAUACCAACGAUCGUUUGAAGAAAUGGGACACAAACAAAGACGAGCAUGUGUCGUGGAGUGAAUACAUUUCUAUGUUUUCUGGAAGUAAUAUUCCAAAGAAAGAACGCUUGAAAUCCGACGAACGUCGCUUUGACAAAGCCGAUAUGAACGGUGAUGGUCUUUUAAGCAGAGAAGAGUUGACAUUUUUCUUGCAUCCUGAAGAAAGUUCACUGAUGACCGACGUAAUAGCUGAGGAAAACCUGGAAUCUUUGGACUCGAACAAAGAUGGUGUACUCUCGCUUAAAGAAUUCGCAGGUGAUACUCAUGGAAAAUUAAGUGAAUCUCUUGUCAAUGGAGUGGCAAGUCACUUUAGCCAAUUGGACCUCAAUAAAGACGGGAAGUUGAACAAGGAAGAAUUAGUUCCUUGGGUCGUUCCGAAUGAGUCAAACACGAUUAGCAACGAAGCAAUGCAUCUUCUCAGUCAGGCUGAUGGAAAUAUGGAUCACGUGUUAUCGUAUGAUGAAAUGGUGGAUAAAUUUGAAGCAUUCGUUGGAAGUAAGGCUACGCAUUAUGGAGAUCUUCUGAAACCGAAUCCGGAUUUAUAAAAUUAGAGAAAAGAGAAUGCAAUAAGAACAAACCUCGGAAGAUAUCAAACAAUGCAGGUAUUGCAUUAAAUUGCGAAGAAUACGUUUUUAUUUAUUGGAUUAUUUGAUCGCGACCAGUAUAUCCUGUAAUUAUACGAUUUACCAUUUAGAUAAUAUUAUUUGGAUUUUUAUAUACUACAAUCGGCGUAGAUUAAUUUAAUAUUCGCAAAAAGUCACUCUAAAAGUCCGGUCACAUGAUCCAA